CCCCAGAGACAGCUGCGAAGCCUCGUCCCUCUGCACGCCCGCCUGCCCGGACCCGGCCACAGGUUUCUGGGGCUCUUUGGGCAUUGGGGGGCCCUGGCCCAGUAGGAUGCCCCCGUGUCCUCCCCAGCAAAGCACGAACGGGGGGACACAGCUGCUCACUCUGGAGCCGGGCGAGAUGGAACUCACUUGGCAGGAGAUCAUGUCCAUCACGGAGCUGCAGGCCAUGAAUGCUCCGAGUGAACCAUCAUACGAGCCCCCAGUGCUGACCCCGUACCCGGGACCCCCGGCAGCCCCAAACUACUGUCCUUGCUCCGUUCAGCCGGAGGCCGGCUUCCCCCUCCCCCCACCACCUUAUGAGCUGCCCGUCCCCACACCUCCCGUCCCAGACCCUCCGUACCCUUAUGGCAACAUGGCCAUACCAGUCUCCAAGCCGCUCGCCCUCUCGGGCCUGCUCAGCGAACCCCUCUCCGACCCUCUGACUCUCCUGGACAUUGGGCUGCCGGCGGGGCCAGCCAAGCCCCAAGAAGACCCGGAGUCUGACUCCGGAUUGUCACUCAACUACAGCGAUGCAGAAUCUCUCGAGCUGGAAGGGGCAGAGGCUGGCCGUCGGCGCGGCGAGUACGUGGAGAUGUACCCAGCGGAGUACCCCUAUUCGCUCCUGCCCAGUUCCUUGGCCCAGCCCAGCUACGCCUUGCCACCGCCUGCCGAGACCCCCUUAGCCAUGGAGCCCCCCUCGGGCCCUGCGAGAGCCAAGCCCGCGGCCCGGGGGGAAGCGGGGAGCCGAGACGAACGCCGGGCGCUGGCCAUGAAGAUCCCUUUCCCCACAGACAAGAUCGUCAACUUGCCGGUGGACGACUUUAACGAGCUGCUGGCACGCUACCCGCUGACGGAGAGCCAGCUGGCACUCGUGCGGGACAUCCGACGGCGGGGCAAGAACAAGGUGGCGGCCCAGAACUGUCGCAAAAGGAAGCUGGAGACCAUCGUGCAGCUGGAACGGGAGCUGGAGCGCCUGGGCAGCGAGCGGGAGCGACUCCUCCAGGCCCGGGGGGAGACUGACCGGACCCUGGAGGUCAUGCGGCAGCAGCUGGCCGAGCUGUACCGUGACAUCUUCCAGCACCUGCGGGACGAGGCGGGCAACAGGUACUCUCCCGAGGAGUACGCGCUGCAGCAGGGUGCCGACGGGGCCAUCUUCCUGGUGCCCCGGGGCCUCAAGGUGGAGGCCGCAGACUGA